AUGAUUUCACAGUUUCAACCUGUAAUCAACACGCCGCCAUCAACCACUUCAAAUCGCGCUGAGCUCAGAAUAGACAAGCACCGACGAAACCAAUCCGUUUCUCAAGUUUUCCAUUUCCUCAACGGCGGGCCAAAUUCCACCGCCUACGCGGCGGCGCUCGACUCCUGCACCUGCCCCAAGUUCGGCAAACAGCUGCACGCUCACUUGCUCAAAAAUGGGUUUCACGGGCGUGAGUUCGUCGAGGCCAAGCUACUUCAAAUGUAUGGCAAACGUGGUUGCGUGGACGAUGCAGUUCAGGUGUUCGACAAAAUGCCCGACCGAAACCUAUACACAUACACUGCAAUUCUCAAUGUGCUUCUGGAUAACGGGCUGUUUCAGGAAGCACUGUUGCAUUUCGACAGAUUGCUUUUCGAGGAUGUCGAGCUGGAGUUUUUCGUUUUCCCGGUGGCUUUCAAGAUUUGUGUUGGCUAUGGCGGGGUUGAGUUGGGGAAGCAGCUGCAGGCGAUAGCCACCAAGGCCGGAGUUCUACCGCAUCUUUACGUGGGGAACGCGUUGAUUGACAUGUAUGGAAAAUGCGGGAGCUUGAACUAUGCUGAGAAGGUUUUCAGUCACAUGGUGGAAAGGGAUUGCGUUUCUUGGAAUUCUAUGGUUACAGCUUGCACUGCUAAUGGGAGGGUGUUAAAGGCAUUGAAGUUUAUGGAGGAUAUGUUGGGGAAGAAGGAAUUAAAUCCAAAUUUCGUUUCGUGGAGCGCAUUGAUUGGUGGAUUUGCUCAGAACGGGUACGAUGAGGAGGCAGUGGAGAUGCUGCACAAGAUGACAAGUGCAGGAUUCGAGCCGAAUGCAAGGAUACUAGCAAGUGUUCUUCCUGCCUGCGCGAGGCUGAGGGAGAUGAGGUUAGGGAAGGAGAUGUACGGAUACAUCACGAGGCGUGGAUUCAUGUCCAGCCCAUACGUUGUCAACGGAUUGAUAGAUCUGUUUCGGAGGUGUGGAGCCAUGGAGAAUGCUCUCAGCAUCUUCUCAAAAUGCUCGUCGAGAGACGCGGUGUCUUUCAACACCAUGAUUGCAGGAUACUGCGAAAACGGGGAGAUUCUCAAGGCCAGGGAGCUUUUUGAUAUGAUGGAGUCAAAGGACUUGAUCUCAUGGAACUCCAUGAUCUCGGGUUAUGCAGAUAACUCAAUAUUCGACGAGGCUUUAGGUUUACUUAUAGAUUUGAUGAAGAAAGGGGAGAUCAAACCUGAUUCAUUCACCUUAGGCAGUGCUCUUGGUGCUUGCGCAGAGAUGGGGUCUCUGAGGCUGGGGAGAUCGAUACAUUCAUACUGUGUCGUGAGAGGGCUGGAGUCGAGUCUCUUCGUUGGUGGCGCUCUCGUCAGCAUGUAUUGCCAGUGCCACGAUAUGGAAGCUGCAGAGAAAGUGAUGCAGAAGGUGGAAGAUAGGGAUAUAGUUAUAUGGAAUGCUUUGCUCUCUGGCUAUGCUCGUUGCAACGAAUUGCAGAGCAUACAGCGCGUUCUUGGACGCAUGAGAGAUGAUGGAUUUGAACCGGAUGUGUACACGUGGAACGGGAUCAUAGCAGGAUAUGUGGAGAAUGGGCACCAUGAGAUGGCUCUGCAGCUAUUUUCUCAACUGCAGAGUUCAAAUUUGAGGGCUGAUAUCUACACAGUUGGAAUAGUGAUACCAGCCUGCUCGAGGCUGGCUAGUGUUGAGAGAGGUAAGCAGGUUCAUGCUUACGCGAUCAGAUGUGGAUUCGAGAAGGAUUUGUACAUCAGAGCUGCGCUCGUGGACAUGUACGCAAAGUGUGGAGCGAUGAAGUAUACUGAAUCCGUGCACGAAGGGACGCGGAGCUGUGAUCUGGUGACUCAGAACGCAAUGCUGAAUGCAUACGCGAUGCAUGGAUAUGGUGAGGAAGGGAUAGGUUUCUUCAGAGAGAUGGUGGCUCGUGGCUUGAAACCGGACCACGUGACUUUCCUAGCAGUUCUAUCUUCGUGUGUGCAUGCAGGUGCAGUGGAGGCUGGGCAGGAGUUCUAUGAUAUGAUGGGAUGUUACGGUGUGGCACCGACGUUGAAGCACUAUACGUGCAUGGUCGACCUACUGAGCCGGGCAGGGAAGCUGGAGCGAGCAUACGAGAUGGUUGAGAGGAUGCCAUUAGAGCCCGAUUCAGUGAUCUGGGGCGCCUUGCUUGCUGGAUGCAUCAUGCACGGGGAAGUCGCUCUGGGUGAAAAGGCAGCACGCGAGCUCAUGAGGUUGGAGCCGGGGAACUCAGGGCACUAUGUGAUGCUGGCGAAUUUGUACGCUUCAACGGGGAGAUGGCGUGAGCUGAGAAGAAUACGACAUCUGAUGAAGGAUGAAGAGAUGCAGAAGACACCGGGGUGUAGUUGGAUCGAGGAUAGAGAUGAAACUCAUGUGUUCAUGGCAUGGGACAGAUCACAUAAGAGAUCUAGAGAAAUUUAUGAGAUGUUGGAUAAUCUAACAGUACAAAUGAGAUUGAUUGGAACAUGUUUGAUGUAAAUCUUCUGUACAAUAAUGUAAAAAAACCUCUCCAUUUUUUGA